AUGUCGUCCGACCAGGAAAUUGGAGCGCCCUUCACGUUGGCUUCGCUGCCGCACUCGAUAAGUUCCCACGACGGGCGCACACAUGCCGCCAGCGUCUGCAGCAUCAGCGGCACGAAGAAGAGGAAGCGCACCGAGAUUGCUGGGUCUUCCAAGAGGGCAUCUCGUCGCUAUACGUAUGCGUUCGUCUCCCAGAACACGCCGGGCGCAAAACCUCACCUCGUCUGUUUCGCCGAAGAAAUUCGCAAAGACUCCAUUACGGAUACCGUCAAGACGACUUAUACGCCCUCGGACGCAUCGCAAAGAGUUGUGUCCAUAGACGUUGUUCCUGUACCUGCUGGAACAUCUCAACAGAAUGCGUCGCACGAAGUGUUGGUCUCCUUUGGAAACGGGGAUGUGAUCUGCCUCUCAGCAGAUCUCGAGGUAGUGAGAUGGGUGGCAAGCGUCUCUAACCUGGUCCAGUCCUCAAAAAUGGCUUUCGAAAUCGAACAUGUUUCCAUCAACCCGGCGAGAGCUCUCACCAACGGCCUGUUGAGGAACCGCGAAGACAUAGUGGCCCUGCUAAACCCAACGUUGGAUGAGAAGUCUGACCUAUUGGAUCUCACUCAAGUCACGUCUGCUAUCGGUAGACGAGCAGACGGUCGCAGGAUGCUUGCUUUGUUCCAAAUUCAGCCGCGUUCGCCUGACCUCUUGUCGAGCCGCCUCCCGCCGCUAAAGCACCUUUCCGCCUGGGACUUACCGGCAUCGAACCUCGAAUCCGUAUCGUCUGAGCCCAGCAACGACCAUUUCAUCAUACACGCAGGUAGUGGGGCUGUUCACCACCUACGCAGCAGUGGGCUCGUGACUUAUGACUUUUCUGGGACUGUUCCUAAAAUUUCCUCGGAAUUGAGCAAAGAUACCAUUGCAGUUGAUUCGUUUCUGCGCAUCUCGCAGGAUCUACUCCUUACGACGUCGCAAUCAUCCUGCCAAAUCAUAAACGUUAAGUACAACUCUGUUCACGCGGAGCGUUCCGUCGAAUCUAGCACUCAAAGUCCUACGAAAGAUGGCCGAAAAAGAAAGCAUACCGCCACUGAGUCCGGAGAAACCACUUCGAAAGCUCCUGCAUUGAUCGCCUACUAUGCUGAUCAGGGAUUAGCGGUAGGUUCGUGGAACAAUGAGCUCGUUGGGCUCCAACUUGGAGAAUCUACCAGGCGCAAGCGAGUCAAGUCACAGGGUGCCCGACUUGCCGACUCACUGGGGAAGGGCAUUGCAUCAAAGUCAGAAAAUAAGCAAGAAGAUAUGGCCAAAUGGCGGGAGAGAGUUCCUAAGCUUGAUAGAUACGCCCGUAAGGGCGAAGUUGCUAAGUUCGAGGAGAUGUUCGCCGCCGAAUUAGGUGUAAAGCUCGAGACUGGACCUGGAGCGGAGGAGAAGCCUGUCAAUGGAGUUCACGAUGAAGUUGUCGCAAACGGAACGAAAGCUACAGAAUCGACGAAGUCUGGGGCUCUAGAGGAAAGCUCUGACCUGCCACGCAAAUGGAUACUUUCCAAGAUCCUGUCCAAGACGCUCUCGGCAGCCAAACGAUCUCGACACCAGCAGUACGCCGCGUACGCAUUGAGUAGAAUUUUCCAAUGGGUAGAAUCACCCUCAUCGCAUGGCCCCAGCGGAUAUCUGAAAAUCGAAUUCUUUCCGCCCAACGUUUUCGAGUGGCUUAUGCACUCUGGAAACCUCACCAAGGAAUCGAUCCGCCGCGCUCUUCUAGAUGACCCGUCUAGCAACCUCGGUAUCACCACGCCCAUCCGCGAUGGCGACAUUGUUCGCGCUGUUGUAAAUUUCGAUCCAGAGCUACACAUUCUCUCGGCAAUCUUGAAUCACAGCCACUUUCUUCCUGCCGGCGAGGUGGUCCAGGCGGUGAGAUUGCUGAUGCAGAGUCUUGACGACCAACCUAAAGCAUCAGACAAUCCCAAGCUACUCACCAACGGAACCGACCAAAAUGCGACUUCUAUGGAUGUGGACAUUACAUCAGAGUUGGAAGCGGCAUCGCAUGAGAUUGACCGCGCUUUGGCAAUACUCGAUAACGGUCUGGCGAUCAUCAGUGGCACACUUCGACCCGCCCUGAUGCGCCUCCACACGUUCCCUCCGAACGUCAUCAGCUCCACACUUCGUUCCAUGCUAUCACGACACGACCUCGAGUCGCUGAUUAAGGUACUGCACUACGAGCUGAAGAACGGUGGCUGGACUGCUCCGUACGACUUCGGCGAUUCUGAAGAAGUCGAGAGCGAAACAUCAUCCGAGGAAAUCGACGAUAGCGCAGUUGCCAUCAUCGCUUCACUUCUCAGCUGCACCCUAGAUGCAAUCGGUCCAGCUCUCUGGCUCACCUCAAUUGGCGACACAUCCACCGACCAGCUCAUCCAAGAGCUCCGUGAAGACGCCGAAGAAGCACUCACAGGAUUCUGGGAAGCUCGCUACAUUCGCGGCAUACUAAGCGAGCUCCUCCGCUACAGCUCGCAGCUACCCAAAUCUCAGAAGCCGAGCAGCAAGACUUUGGAGAAGCAGGGCAAGCCGUUUGCGUUGAACACCAAACCUGACGAGCUGCCUAUGCUACCGCUGGGUUCAAAACCAGAUCUGGGCAUCAAGAAGACGAAGGCGGGCAAGGGCGGGCAGAAGAAGGAGAGGAGCGCGAGAGAAAUGGGUAUGCUGAUCAGCAAGCGGGUGCCCAAGUAUAGCUUUGAGAGGAUCGCGAUAUAG